ACAGACUGUCAGGGCUGGACCACCCGAAUCGGUCACUGGCCAAUCGCAGUUCUUCGUCGCCGGAAUCGUCAACAGCCGCGUGUCUGCACCGUCGGAAGCCCUACAAACUCCAAGUCAAAACGAGGAUGCGCCGCAUUUCAGCGUGUGCCGGCACGCGCUCGAGAUUCGACCAAUCAAACGUCGGUGCGCCACGCGCUCUUCAAUUCGGAGCACGCUUUUGACCGACAGACACGCACUCCUGCGCGGCAUUGACGCUCUCCGCCGCUUCGUUCUCGUUUUGUCACCGUCAUUCCUAGCAUAGCACAAAAAAUGCUAUCGAUUCAUGGAUCACACAACCGAAUUGCAUCCGUCGAGCGCAGGCUUGUCGACUGCAUCCAUUGCACACUCCUAUCAACUGACUGACUGACACUGCAACUACAAACGACGGACAACAAUGAGUGGCAAGUCGGACAUCUCGUUCCUGCUGAACCCGCAGCCUACAGUCGAAGACAUGUGUGUGCAGUUAGCACCGCCCAUGUCGCCGCCACCGUCGGCCAUGCUUGCACGACUGGCCGCCAUGGCACAGAGUCCAGCCGCGUCAGCCACGUCGUCGUCACUCCUGCUACUGGGUUCAUGCAUCGCUCCACUGAAGAAAGUGGCCAGCAGCUGCAAUAGCGAUACCAUGGCAUGUAAAAAGCCAAUGGUACCUGCGUUAUCACUGGCUGCUCUGUGCGAGGCAAGCAGUGGCAGCAGCAACUACAGUAGCAGUGGCGCCGAGUCGAGCUGCAGUGACGACGAAGACGAGGAACCAACCACCGAAACAACACCGUCGACAGCGGCUACGGAGCAACAGACAACCGACACAACUGCUGAGCAGACGAAACCCACGACUUCUAUUAAACCCAAGGCCAAGAAGACACGGACAGCCCGCACGCGCGUCCGCAAGAACCGCACGCCACCCUGCCAGGUCGAUGGAUGCACGAACAUUGCCGUGUCUCGCGGCUGCUGUGUGCGCCAUGGUGGCGGGUCUCGGUGCACGGUGGCGGGAUGCCCGAACCGCGCCAAGUUGUACAAGAAGUGUUUCCAGCACGGUGGCUUCAAGACGUGCGCGACCGAGGGAUGCACGCGCAAAGCGAAGCGGUACGGCCACUGCUGGUCACACGGCGGCGGUCGCAUCUGCGAGAUCCCUGGGUGUGAGAAGGUGUCUACACAGGGCGGUCUGUGCUGGGCUCACGGCGGCGGCAACCGUUGCAAGCUGGAGGGCUGCAGUCGUCGUUCGUACCAGAAGUAUGGAUACUACUGCGCGGAUCACGCAUCUCUGGGCAAGGGCGAGUCAUCAGCGUGAGUUGAUUGACUGGGUGUAACUCAAGUUGAAGGAUUUAGUCAUCGGUAAUAGGAACCUGCAAGUAUGUUGCAGGUGUAAAGUAUACUAUUUAUUUGGUCUUCGAUCAAGAAAAAAAAUAUAUGAAUUCCAUCAUUCUGUG